GUGCUGUUGGCAGGAGUGACCAGAAUAAAAACAGCAACACCAGACAUAGAGGAGGAAAAAAGCAAAGUGAUCCAUUGAACAAGAGUCUUUGCCCUCUCUUAAUUACAUCGAGUCUCAUAUCUUUUCCCCUUUUUCACAUUUUUCCCCCAGUCUUUAAGACUUUGGGCUUGUGGUAAUUAGGUAGAAGAGAACAAAACCAGCUGAUCGGGAGAAGGGUGGUGCAUUUUGGAGCGAGAUGGCUAACAGAAACAUUCUGUUGCUCUUCUGUGGACUCUUCCUCUUAGCACUGAUUCAGCCCUCUCUUCAAGGAGGUGUGUAUGUACCAGCUGGUGCUGGGAUUGGACCAGGAGGCACUGGACCAGGAACUGGAUUCUUUCCAGGGUCUGCUGGAGGAGUCCCUGCGGGCUAUAAACCAGCUAAAGCUGCAGUCGGAGGUUAUGGAGGUGGAGGGCGUGGUGUAGGCCCGGGCGGUUCGGUACCAGCAGGUGUUGGGCAUGGUGGCUUGGGCACUGGAGGACUCGGAGGACAAGGUGGCAAGGCCCCUAAACCAGGUUAUGGCAAUCUAGGAGGUGGUGGUCUGGGAACUGGAGGCCACGGAGGAGGUGGUUAUGGUGGAUAUGGUGGAGGUGCUGGGGGCUUUUUCCCAGGAGCUGGACAGAAGGCUGCCAAAAGAGGUGCCGGAGGCUCUCUGCUACCACAUGGAGGGACAGGAGGAGGUCCUGGAGGUACAGGAACUGGACCUGCAGUGCCCGCUGGAGCACCUGUUAUUCCUCAGACAGGCCUUCCAGGAGGGGCCGGUGGUGCUGGAAAGAAAGCUGCUAAAGUGCCAGGUGUGGAUGUGCCUGGACUUUACCAAGGUGGCCUGGUGCCAGGAAAAGGGUUUGGUGGACGUGGAGUCCUGCCUGGGGUGGCCACUGGCACCGACCUGAAUCCCAAAUCAAUCGGAGGGGGAGGACAAGGAGGUCCAGGAGCAGGAGGUCGCGGUUAUGGUGGACCGAUGCAGCCAGGAGUGUUCCACGGAUAUCCCCUCAAAUCACCCAAACUGCAAGGUGGCCAAGGAGCAAAACCUGGAGGUGGAAAAGUACCUUUUGGUUACGGCGGCUAUGGUAAUGGCGGGGUUGGACUUCCAGGAGGACAAGUUGGAUCAAGGCCUGGUUAUCCUGUUGGAACUGGAGUGGGGCCCGGGGGCAUCUCACCUGCUCAGGCUAAAGCUGCCAAAUAUGGUUACGGUGGUGCUGGAGGGGUUGGUGGCGUUGGGGGCACUGGUGGACUGUAUCCAGGGCAGGUGGCAGGAGGAGGAUAUGGAGCUGCAUCCAAGGCUGCUAAAUAUGGUGUACCAGGGGGUGUACCAGGAGGAGUACCAGGGGGUGUACCAGGAGGAGUACCAGGGGGUGUACCAGGAGGAGUACCGGGAGGAGUACCAGGAGGUGCACCAAUUGGAGUACCAGGAGGAGUUCCAGGAUUACCAGGGUUUGGUGGAUAUUUACCAGCAGCUAAAGCUGCUAAAUAUGGACAAGGAGGGACAGGAGGACAGUUAGGAGCAGGAGGAUAUGGAGGACAAAGAGGACAGUUAGGAGCAGGAGGAUACGGUGGACAAGGAGGACAGUUAGGAGCAGGAGGAUACGGAGGACAAGGAGGACAGUUAGGAGCAGGAGGAUACGGAGGACAAGGAGGACAGUUAGGAGCAGGAGCAUACGGAGGACUGGGAGGAGGUGGAGGAUAUUCUGCUGCUGCUAAAGCUGCUAAAUAUGGUCCAGGUGGUGCAGGGGUAGUUCCAGGUGGUGGGGCAGCUGGAGGAGCAAUUCCUGGAAGAGUCCCAUUUUUACCAGGAUAUGGAUCUUUGGCAGCCGGUGCUAAACCUCCGAAAUAUGGAGUCCCAGGAGCAGGCCUAGGAGGAGGCGGAGUUCCAGGGGGAGCAGGACAAGUACUUCCUGGCGGUGGCUAUGGUGGUUAUGGUCCUGGAGCUGGAGUCAAACCCCCGAAGUAUGGCGUACCAGGAGGAGCUGGAGCAGGGCUGGGAACCGGAGUACAGGGGGGAGGAGGAGGAGUACCAGGACAAGGAGGACAAUACUCUGCUGCUGCAAAAGCUGCUAAAUAUGGAGUGGCAGGAGGAGCUGGAACAGGGUUAGGAACAGGAGGAGUUCCUGGUGGACUAGGAGGGGGACAAUACUCUGCUGCUGCAAAAGCUGCUAAAUACGGAGUGGCAGGAGGAGCUGGAACAGGUUUAGGAACAGGAGGAGUUCCUGGUGGACUAGGAGGGGGACAAUACUCUGCUGCAGCAAAAGCUGCUAAAUACGGAGGAGCUGGAGCAGGGUUAGGAGGAGGUGGGACGGGAGGAGGAGUUCCUGGUGGACUAGGAGGCGGACAAUACUCUGCUGCUGCAAAAGCUGCUAAAUAUGGAGUGGCAGGAGGAGCUGGAACAGGGUUAGGAACAGGAGGAGUUCCUGGUGGACUAGGAGGGGGACAAUACUCUGCUGCAGCAAAAGCUGCGAAAUACGGUGUGACAGGAGGAGCUGGAGGGACAGGAGUUGUACAUGGAGGGGUUGGGGGUCAAGGAGGGGUCACUGGAACAGGACUUGCCGUGCCAGGAGCUACUCAAGGUACAGGUGUCAGUGUUGGUGCAGAUGGUUCUGUUAUCGUGAUACCAGGUGGAGCAGGUGUUCCUGGAAAACCAGCUAAGGAUACAGGUUUUGCUGGAACCCCUCAACCAGAGCCCACGCCUAUUGCCGAAACUGGCAAGGCCCCAGAGGUCCCACAGCCCAGUAAGACUUGCGGUUUGCAUGAAAUCUUUGACCAUGAAGUGAAAUCUGUGGUAUUUAAUAUAUAUAUAUACAUAUAUAUAUAUAUAUAUAUAUAAUUGGGAUAUAAAUAU